GCCCAUUGCGCCCUGUCACUGCUGAUCCCUCUGUGCUUGUUUUCAGUGGAGCGCAAUGGGAUGGGGCUUCAGUGUCGACUCUACUGUGACCAAUGAACGCGUCGCUGCCGCAUCUGUCAAGCGCUUCUGACCAAUCGACAGCAGCGCGAGGCGGAUCUCAGGUGCGCGCCUCUGCGUCCUAGCGGCUCUGGCGGGCUGGGGAGCCGCCUGUGGCACAGAGUAGCUGUGGAAACUAUGGCGACCGCGGCGUCCAACCACUACAGCAUCCUCACAUCCAGCUCGGAGCACGGCAGCAUGCAGCAGACGCAGCCGCCGCAGUCCUACAGAGACGCGCAUAGCCUUCUGCAGAGCGAGUACACCACCCUGCAGAGCAGCGGCAGCACGCUUGGCCAUGCGCACCAGUGGUUGACGGCGGCGCUGUCUCACGGGGGAGAGGGGUCGCCGUGGCCCGCCAGCCCGCUGGGCGAGCAGGACAUUAAGCCGGUGGAGGAGCUGCAGCAUUCGCCGCGGCAGGCGCAUCUCGGGCAGCAGAGCCAGCAGCAUCACGAGGCAGGCACCUGGCGCGCCACCACCAUGCCUAGCAUGAGCAGCACUAACGGUCAGAGCUUGAUCUACUCUCAGUCCGGAUACGGAGAGCCGGGGAUGCACCAUGAGGAGAACCACAGCCCUCAUCUGAGCGAGCACGGUCAUCCGCAGAGCCUGCACUCAGACGAGGACACUCCGACCUCAGACGACCUGGAGCAGUUCGCCAAGCUGUUCAAGCAGCGCCGGAUCAAGCUGGGUUUUACGCAGGCGGACGUGGGGCUCGCGCUGGGCACCCUCUACGGCAACGUAUUCUCACAGACCACCAUCUGCAGGUUCGAGGCGCUCCAGCUGAGCUUCAAGAACAUGUGCAAACUCAAGCCCCUGCUGAACAAAUGGCUGGAGGAGGCAGACUCCACCUCGGGAAGCCCGACCAGCCUGGAUAAGAUCGCGGCGCAGGGGAGGAAGAGGAAAAAGCGGACCUCUAUCGAGGUGAGUGUCAAAGGGGCCCUGGAGAGCCAUUUCCUCAAGUGCCCCAAACCCGGCGCGUCGGAGAUCAACUCGCUGGCGGAGAGCCUGCAGCUGGAGAAGGAGGUGGUCCGGGUUUGGUUCUGCAACCGGCGGCAGAAGGAGAAGCGAAUGACGCCCCAAAACGGUCCGAUGCCCGGGAACGAGGAUGUGUACGAGGACGACUCGCCUCACCACGGCGCACAGACACCUGUUCCGUGAGAAAGGGGCGGCCUGAAACAUAAACGACUGUCUCUUUGUCCCGGUCACAAGCCCGCUCGGGGCGGACCGACGGUGAUGAAGUGUCUCUGUGUGUGGCACCUCCGAGGGCGCGGAGAGCGCGCGUGGUUGCGCGAACAAUAUACAGGCGCGGGCGCCAGAAAACACGCUCUGAGGCGUUACGCACCGCGCUGAACUUAAAAGUGGAACGUAAAUAUUAUUUUAUUUAAGAUAUUUCUUUCUUUUUUUUUAAGUCCGGGGAUCUGUGAAAGCAUCAUAUCACUUCUAACCGAAAGCUGUGAAAAAAAGGCGUCAGGGGCGCGCCAUCUUCCCCUCAUGACCACAAAAGGUUUCUUACUGAUUGAAAUUAAUCCGGUGCCGUCUUCUGUGCGUUCUCUUCCAUAUAUUAAUGGAAAAUGUUUCGUUAUUAUUAAUAUUAUUAUUAUUACUAUUCUUUCCGUCACAAUAAAAAAAAUUUUUAAUAGGCCUACUGAAUAAAAUUAUAUUUCAUUCGCCUUUAUAUAUGAAUGGCAAUAAAUAACCUUAUAAUAAUAACCAUAAUCAUAAUAAUAAACUAAAUAUUUCUAAAUUAUUUAAAUAAAUAAAAAAAUCCAAAAAUUCCUAAUAUGAAAAAUUAACAACUAUAACAAUAUUUAUUAUUGUUAUUUUAUUAUUAUUAACACCAUGUACAUACUAUUAAUUUAUCUGAGAGUAUCGCUGUUAAAUACAAACGUGACCAAUUCUUUAAAAGUCUCAUUUCGGUCACAACAAAGGCUGCCAAGUGCUGCUGUGUGUCUGUCUUUCACAGGCAAAGCAACCUGAUUUCAUGCAGAUCACGCAUUCACACAGCUGGUGCAAAACAGAGGCCUGAGGAAGCAGUAAAACCCAGAAUCGCAGAAUUUUGUGGAUCAUAUCGAAAUAUUCAUAAAUAAAAUUAAUGGAUACCAGCUCUUUAUAAUUAACCACCCAGUUUGGGCUUUCUUAGCAUUUUGAGUGAAUUUCUACAAGCGUGCACCAAAAGCGUUCAUGAUUUGAGACAGUGGCUUGUUUAUAAAGAUUCUUCCUCCUCUUAAUUGAAACCAUUUUUGGUUAUUUAGCCUUUUCUAAUCUAGGAAAUCUAAAAGAAACCAAAACGGGCUUGUCUAAUUUAUGAUAUUUUAUAUUAAAGAUAACAACAAACCAAGCUUUUAUUUAAUUUCAGUCAUUUGUCUGGAAACGCUUUUUGUGGAAAUGACAAGAUGUAAAAACUGCAUUGAUGACGACAAAAUAAUAAUAAUAAACGCAAAUUGUUCUUGCUUGUAAUCAUUCACCAUUCGUCAUCAUUAAAGAUUUAAAAACAACGAAGACAAUAUAAUAAUAAUAAUUACAGACUAACAGAGGCCAGUUCAUCUUGCCCAUUAUUACUAGCUAUAGUAACAUUGUGUGAUUUUGUGCGUCAACUAAAUGUAUUAAGUCUCAACAUGUUUGUAUCUGUUUGCUCUUUGGUGUUUCUUGUUUAUCCCAAAUUUGUCUCCUUUUGUUUGACGGGAAAUAUUACACCAGCUGUGUUACGCUGAUUUGAUGGCCUGCAUCGAAAAACAAGGACAUUGUGCGAGGAUUUUUCAGUUGCAUUUUCUAUGGCUCUGUGGAUACUUGUAUAUUUGUGCACUUAACCUGGCACUGCCAAAGCACAAGCUGUCAGUGUGCCCUAUUGAGACCAGUAAUGUAUUUGGUUUUGACAGAAAAAUUGCACAGUUUUUAAACGCCUUUUGUCAUUAAAUGAAUACGUUUUUAUAUAAAGAAGUGCCUCUCAUCAAUCUGUGUCCUGCGCAUGAAGAUCCUAAAUGGAUUCACAAUUUCACACAUUCGAGCAUCAAGGCUGCUGAAUAUAAUGUUGCCUCGGGAUGAGAUGAUGCUGUAGAUCCAUCGCAGCCCGUUGCAAUUCCUUCGCUUCGAUUUCUGCGUGACCAUGGAGACAAAUGUUUGCCAUUUCACUGGUAAUGAAGACGGAUUUGACGGGUUCAAACGUGUUCCGAAAGAGAUCGGAAAAGUACGUGAAUAUUUUAUGAUGCUAUUCUGGAUCUAAAUAGGACUUAUUUUUAAAUUUAAAACUGGCAAAUGGCUUUACAUUUAUGAAAGCAAAAUAACAAACUACCUCUAGUGAUAUUGUAAUAAUAGAUUUUAAA